AUGGCCACCACAAAAAAGCCUAACAUCCUCUACAUUAUGGCAGACCAGAUGGCUGCUCCGCUCCUUUCCAUUUACGACCGUUCCUCCCUAAUUAAGACCCCUAAUAUUGAGAAACUUGCAGAGUCUGGAGUUGUCUUUGAAUCUGCAUAUUGCAACUCUCCACUCUGUGCCCCCUCACGCUUCACUAUGGUCAGCGGGCAGCUGCCUUCGCGCAUUGGCGGCUAUGAUAAUGCUAGUGACCUUCCUGCUGAUACGCCUACAUACGCACACUAUCUGCGUGCUCAAGGCUACCAUACGGCACUCUCUGGAAAGAUGCACUUUGCGGGUCCAGACCAACUGCAUGGCUAUGAAGAACGCCUAACCAGCGACAUCUACCCGGGUGAUUACGGGUGGACUGUGGAUUGGGAUCAGCCGGUGAGUGAGAAUACAAAAGGCAGUGAAGAGCUUCGCAAAGAUUGGUAUCAUGACAUGUCGUCCGUGAUGGAGGCAGGGCCGUGCGUCCGGAGCAACCAACUCGAUUUCGACGAUGAGGUUGUUCAUCGGGCUUCGCAAUACUUGUAUGACCAUGUCCGAUAUCGUACGGGUCAGCCCUUCUGCCUUACUGUCUCCAUGACGCAUCCCCAUGAUCCUUACACCAUGACCAGGGAUUAUUGGGAUAUGUACGAGGACGUUGAGAUCCCUCUUCCCAAGACCUCUGCGGUUUCCCAGGACAAGCUUGAUCCUCAUUCACAGCGCGUGCUGAAGAUUAUUGAUUUAUGGGGCAAGGAGAUCCCUGAGGAGCGUAUCAAGGCUGCUCGUCGUGCUUAUUUUGCUGCUUGUACCUAUGUGGAUACGCAAAUAGGCAGGCUUAUGAACGUUCUGAAGAAUUGCGGAUUGGCGGAUGAUACAAUUGUUGUAUUUACUGGCGACCAUGGUGACAUGCUGGGGGAGAAGGGGCUGUGGUAUAAGAUGGUGUGGUAUGAAAUGUCUGCAAGAGUGCCAAUGAUUGUACAUGCACCUGCGAAAUACCAGCCGAAACGGGUCAAGGAGAAUGUAUCUACUAUGGAUCUACUACCCACAUUCGUUGCAAUGAGUGGUAGCUCUGUUGACCCUUCUUUGCCCCUUGAUGGUGUCUCUUUGAUGCCUUAUCUCGAUGAGCGCUCUAGUGGUGAGAAGACCGACACAGUAUUGGGAGAAUACAUGGCAGAAGGUACACUGGCUCCGGUAGUUAUGAUCCGCCGCGGCCCAUGGAAAUUCAUCUACUCACCCAUCGAUCCCCCGAUGCUUUUCAAUGUGGAAGCAGACCCCACCGAGUCCAUUAACCUCGCCGAAGGAAUCCCACUGCCAUCACAUCAUGUGGUCGCCAAAGAAAGCCCCCAAGCAGCAGUUUCGAACCCCACUGGCCCGGUUCCUCUUCCAACACCAGUCACCUCUCCUAGCCCUGAAGCACUCCCGGUCCCAUUUUUCUCUCAAGCAAACACUUCAAACCCCUCCAUCUUCACACCGCCCCGCAGCCCAAGCCCCAAUAAGGCUACUACCGUUAUUAACGGUGCUAAAACGUCCGUCGAUAUAACGAGCCUCCUGGCGUCAUUCAUCAAAGAAGUCCAUGCCCGUUGGGACUUUAAGCGUCUCCAGGCAGAAGUCUUGCAUUCUCAGCGCCGCCGUCGACUAGUCUACUCGGCUUUGAUCAAAGGUAAGAUCACAGCUUGGGAUUAUACGCCUAUGUCGGAUGGAAGUCAGAUGUAUAUCCGCAAUGUUGGACAGAGUGCCCUGGGCAAUGUUGAGUAUUUGAACCGCUGGCCCAGAGUGGGCAGGGAGGUGCAGUAUCGUCCAUAAAGACUGCAUACAAAGGAAAACAAGCUAAAACCCGCUUGCUUUUCUACAAAUGACUGCGGGUACGGCAACUGGAAUGACGACGGGCCGAUUUUGUCCAAGGCGAAUACUGGGAGGAGUUUAGGAUGGCGAGUAACGGGCGCAUCAAAAAAUAUUUCAAACCAUCAAAAAAACACGGAAAACUUAAGAAAAUGAUUCAACACGCAAUUUGAGGAGGAAAAAACCCCCGAGAGAUCGGGGAAAACAACAAGGUUACACAAAAAAAUGGGAAAAAAUAUUAUCAAUUAAUACACUCAAAAGGGUCAUCCUCCAUCUCUCAUCUCGUCCUGGGUUUCUAGAAGCGCAGAGAGGUGAUGGUGUCUGGCGGGGUUGCUCUUUAUCCUCUAGUCCUGUCAUCUAAAGCACUAUGAUUAG